CAACAUGAGGAAGAGUAAAUGCUGACAGAAAGAUUUUCUCUCUGUGAAACACACUGAAGUAUGUACUGUGACUGUGACUUGUGUAAACACACACAGCGCUCGAGGAUCAGGACACACCCUCGUGUCGUAAAGCAUCAUGUGACUAAUAGUUCCCGCUCAAAUAGCGAGGCGAGGCUCAGAUCACGGCAGUGUCUCGCACCGUCUCCGAGUUCAUUUCUCAAACUCUAAUCCUUAACGGACAGAGCUUCAACACGAGCGGAGGAAGAGACGAGGCUAAAGCACAGACGAACACCACCGAGCCCAGGUGAGACGCUCCGAUCUUCAUCAUGAAGGAUUCAUGGCCUUUCUGUUUCAAGUCAAACGCUGUGAUUCUGUGCUUUGUGGGUUUGAUGAUUAACAGUGCUGAUAACGGAGCAGAUAAGCAGAACUAAAGUCAAUACGUCCACACAGAGAGACUGACAUCAUGGAGGAGAACAAGGAAGUGCAAAGAGACUGGAAAAAACUGGAGCCGAGUCUGGAUGUGAAGAUCUUCCUCACGGUGCUGUACUGCCUCAUCCUCGUCCUGGGGAUCCUGGGAAACAGCGUCACCAUCCACGUGGCCCAGGUGCUCCAGCGGAAGGGAUACCUGCAGAAGAGCGUGACGGAUCACAUGUUGAGUCUGGCCUGCUCUGAUCUGCUGGUGCUGUUGAUCGGGAUGCCCGUGGAGCUCUACAGUGCCAUCUGGUUCCCCUUCUCGUCCUCCUCCGGAGACGCCGCCUGCAGGAUCUACAGCUUCCUGUUCGAGGCCUGCAGCUACGCCACCAUCCUCAACGUGGCCUCGCUGAGCUUCGAGCGCUACCUGGCCAUCUGUCACCCGUUCCGCUAUAAAGCUCUGUCCGGCAGCCGCACCACGAAGCUGCUUCUGUCCGCGUGGAUCUGCUCGGUGCUCGUGGCUCUGCCGCUGCUCGUGGCCACAGGGACCGAGGGGUACGUCCCCGAGGGCCGCCGGACACCGGUGCAGAACCUGACCUUCUGCACCAACCUGAGCCAGCACUGGGUCAUGUACCGCACCAGCAUCUUCACCGCGUUCACGCUCUAUCUGCUCGUCCUGGGCGCCGUGGCCUUCAUGUGCAGAUCCAUGAUCGCUGUUCUCCGGGCCCCGAUGGGACCCAACGAAUCUGAUGCCAACGGAGCUGGACCCAAACACGAGAACGCACGGCUGAAAGCGUCACGCAAACAGACCAUCCUCUUCCUCGUGCUGAUCGUCUGCGCUCUGCUCGUGUGCUGGAUGCCCAAUCAGAUCCGCAGGCUGAUGACGGCGGCGGUGCCCAAGUCUGCGUGGACCGUGAGUUACCUGCGCAGCUACGUGAAGCUCAAUCCGGUGGCCGACAGCUUCUUCUACCUGAGCUCGGUGCUGAACCCGCUGCUGUAUAACCUGUCCUCGCGCCAGUUUCGCUCGGCGUUCCUGCAGACGCUCCUGUGCCGUCUGUCACUGCAGCACAUCAACAGAAGGACGCUGGAGAGCAGCCUGGCCUCCAAGAGCUCCAGAAACACCACUCGACCCCUGCUGCGCCGGUCACUAGACCGCAUACGGACGCUUACCAGCGACAGAUCGACUCCUCCACCAUCAGGAGAGAGACAAAACCCUCCGAACCCCACUGACAGACCACCACACACAGACCCGCUGACCUCUGACCCACAGGAGGACGAGAUAAACCAACCUACUGCACUGCCUAACACUAACUGAUGAACAAACCAGCUGGAGAAGACUAUAGACCACCGUAGACCACUGUAGACCACUGUAGACCACGGCAGAGUAUUUAAGUCCUACAUAUUAACUCAAGGGUCCUGCAGAAGGGAAUCUGUGCUAAAUCUGUUUGUGUCAACAUCAAUGACCGUUGGACAUUUACUGUAUUUUAAUAAAGCACUAUUUAUAGAAACCCUGUGAAGAAAAAAAACUGAGCAAAAGAUAAAUCAAAAUAUGACAAGACAACAAGAAUCACAUUCAGAGCCAAAUUGAGAGUUUGCAAUGCAGGACAUGAGGCUCAUCAAAGUCUGAAAUAAGAGCCCAAUGAAACCAGAACAAGCUCAGUAUUACAAUACAGGCCACAUUAAACCAGUUCUGUGCUCAGACUAGAUGUUUUAUUACCAUCACCUAUAACCUUCACUAGUGACUGUCCUGAGCUGUCACUCAUGUCACAAAAACACACAAAAAUAUCGAUAAGUGACACCAUGAUCAGCAGUGCAGCGAUUGGCUGGCAGCAAGACAGCAACGUAAUGACAUCAUGUAGUUAGAAAAAGACACCUGACGAAAAACUUUUUUUCCAGACAAAUUUCUGGAAUUUUAUAAAGAAACAGCUAAGCGAACAAAACAACAUAAAUGUUAUAAUAAAUAAAUGAAAUGUGGACUGUUUUUUUUUUUUUUUUUUUUUUUUUACAUGAUUCCCAAUCAUUUAUAUUCACAACUUGUAAUGUUUGUACAGGCUUUACAUUUUUAUUUCAGUGUAGUAAUUAAUUUAUAUUUCAAAUUAAAUGUUAUAUUUGAACAGAUCUGUUACAUGACAGCAUUAAUUAAAGUCUCUUAAUGUUAAGGGUCAAGAUCAUGUUAUCUGCGGGUUCGCGAAUCAUUUGAGUCAGUUCGGGAAUCGCAAAUCAUUUGAAUCGGUUCGGGAGUUCGUAGCGGGUUCGCGAAUCAUUUGAGUCAGUUUGGGAGUUCGGAGCGGGUUCACAA